AUGGAUUACCCUGACCUCUUCACAUAUUGGUGUAUUCAAUAGUUUGGAUUGGUAAAUGGGCUUCAGUGGGUAAAUUACUCUGAUGUUUUAGAGCACUAGUAGAAAUAAUUCCAGCUCAUUCAAUUAUCUUUGCCACAGAUAUGUUGCAAUGCUAUAUAGUGCAAGAUACUUAUAGUGUAUUUAGAUCUCAGUGUCAUCUGUGAGUUGAUUUCUUAAAUGGGUUGAUCUUAUUGAAGGUAGUCCUUCAGCUCCACAUCCACCCUGUAGCCAAUACCAUCUCUAGGUCCAGUGCCGCAAGGGACAUAACCAAUUCACUUCUCCUCUCCUCCACACCGAGAAACUCUCCCCCUCCACCUUUUUAAAGAACUAAUUAAUAUAAAAGAAAUAUACUCAAUAAGCCAAGAGCACCUGUUGUAAAUAACAGGUGAUUGACGACUACCUUACUCCAGUGGAUUUGUCCUGUCACAGUGAUGUAGGGUUAUUGGCCUUACAUCUAACAUCAUAUCAUCACAUUUCUGUCAGACAUCACAUGGUCCCUUGUGAAAAAGGUUGUCCAUUGACAAUCUCCACAACAACGAGCUAUUGAUUUAGUGCAUUGAAAAGCCCCUCCUCUCUCCCUUUAAAGUAUAUAAAGGUAUUGUUGGAAUGGACCUGAGACGUUCGAUCUCCUUGUCUGGUUGGACGGUCAGUAAAUUUUUCUUUGACCAUUUCUCUGGUGUCAUGAACAAACUUGUGUUAUAUUGCCUGGGAUUCCUGGGUUUGCUACUGCUGCAGGGGGUGUUUGGUGUGGAGGGCAGAAGCAUCCUAAGUCCUGGAAACAAUGUUAUUCACACAAAAGAAGACACAGAUGUCCAGAACAAGAUUAUUACAUUGCUACUUCAAAAGAGCUUACUGCCUGUGGAGAAAAAUGAUGCUCUUGGUCUAGACUUGGCCAGUAGAGUAGCAGAGCUAGAGGAGCUGGAAGCUCUUAGAGAUGAUCUGGAGCUGAAGCUCACAGCAAAUGCAUUGUCCACACCUAAGAAGAGGGCUGAAGCUUGUUUCUGGAAGUACUGUGUGUGACAGACCUACUGUGAAGCAGAACCUCUGCAAAGGUCAAGCUAAGAAUUUGGCAUAGCCUCAUUCAUCCACAGUCACCUCAGAUGUUUCAAUGUUCUCUGUCAUUGUUAAUGUUAACUCUGUAUCACCAAAACAUGAUAAUUUAGGAAAUGUCUUAAGAGUUUAGCAUGAAUUUAUGUAUUAUUUGUAAGAAUUGCUUUUUUAAAUAUACCUCAUUAUUGCCAUACUUUUAAAUUAUUAUUUGAGUAACAAAAAGCGUUUUAGUCAAGUAUUAUUUGGAAAUGAAUCUUUUUAAAGCUGAAUAAUUGUCUUUUGUUUACAUGUAUAUAAUGUUUUGUUUCCCUCUACUGCUAAUCCAGGCAACAGUAUUGAUGUCUGUUAUCGACUGUAUUGUUUUUUAAAUUAAAGUUGUAUUAUUUCCUCAUUAAAUAAAAGCAUUGACAUGCUUACCUGAUUACUAAAUGA